UGUAAACUUUCUAUUUGAGGGUCGAAGGUUCAUGGUUUUGUUGCACAUCAGCGAGAGGCUCUAGCGCUGUUUGACAACUGUUUCAAGGAAAUGUUUAAUUAUUUUAUGGGUCAUCAUUUUUUAUUAUCAAUGUCUUUAGCACUGGCUUUGGAUAACGUCGACACUUGAACUUGAUGUAUGACCCCAGACCUCUGCUUUCUCCCUGGCCGAUCGAAGGGUGUGCGCAGUGUGCUGCAGUGGUGUAAUGAUGCCUGCUCGCAGCAGUGUGACCAGUGGGGUGCCCAGCAGCAAGGUGAAAUACUCCAAGUUGGCAGACAGUGAUGAUGGCUACAUUGACUUGCAGUUCAAGAAGAGCCCUCCUAAAGUGCCAUACAAGGCCAUUGCCCUAGCAGCUGUCCUCUUCCUGAUCGGCUCCUUACUGAUUAUCAUAGGUGCCCUGCUGCUCACAGGAUACAUUGAGGUCACAAAUCCAGACCGCACCCUGCCGGUGCUCAUCAUUGGAAUUCUGGUCUUCCUCCCAGGAUUCUACCAUCUACGCAUUGCUUACUAUGCCUCAAAAGGUUACCGUGGCUAUUCCUAUGAGGACAUCCCUGACUUUGACGACUGAGCCAAUCAGAAGUGUUUUGGCCAGUCUCAAAAUGGAUAAUGGAUUAGAUGAAAGAAGGUGGGGUGUCCCAUCUACCCUUACAUGUAGGUGUACUUUUUCUGAAGCAGUGCAUAUCUUGUACACAAAUUAGUUCUUCUGCUUUUUUGAAUUCUGUUUGAACUAAACCAACAGAUAUAUUUAGGGUUCUUUUUUCAACAACAAAAAAACAUGUUUCCAAAUUUUCCAUGCAGAGGUUAUUCGGUAUUUUAUCAUUUAAAUAAAACAAGAAAAAUAGUUUUAAAAAAACAUUUUUAAAAAUCUCUCUUUAAAUGCUUCUUAUGUAUAUUCCUCCUUAUAUCCCAAAACACUAUGCAAAAUUGUAUUUUUAUAGUGGGGAGGGGAGUCAUUGUAAAGUAACCUUGGUUUCCUGUUAAAUGCCAGAUUAGUCAAAAUAAAUUUCACAGCUAUUUUCCCUUGCGAAAUGUGUCAGGACAGCACACUUUAAAGCUGAUUCGCAAGAGGACUCCACUAUUCUGAGCAAACCAUGAAUCAUGUCUUUCAGGUCUCAGCCACUGAAACGCCAUGUUCCUUCUCCUACUCUGUUAUGCCUUGCCACAAUAGCACGAUCUACUUUUCCAUACAGAUAAUGUGUAUAAUACAAUACCUCACACAAAAGAUAGCAAACGCAGCAAGAUCUGGUAUAGCUUAGUUUUGUACAACAUUGAAGACCUGUCGUGGGCACACAGAUUUUUAUACCAUGGUGGUUAAUAGAAAUUUGUGCAAAAAACAAUUCCAUUAUAUUGGAUGAAUGUUCCAAAAUGUAGAGCAUUGUAAUCCAACACAAAUGUAGGAUUUUUGUACAGUAUUAUUUAAAUCAGUAUAGAUAAUUUUGAGAUUUCCCAGAGAUACCAAUGUAUCAGGUAGCCUUCAGAUUAAUUUAAUACAAAUGUAAAAUAUCAAUCAUUAUUCCCUCACCUACUUAUGUAUUUGGUGCAGUUCCUGUUAUGAGUCCAUAUUUCUUGUGUCUUAUUACUGUGGAUUUCUAGGUUACAUUACAUUUUAAUCCCUGGUUUGAUUCUUUUUACUAACAUACUUUAGGCUUUAAAGGAAAUGGUAAACACAAAGCUGUAUAGAUGCUCCAGUGGGUAAGAUAAGAUGGUACCAGGAAGUUCUUUGUUCAUACCCUUCCUCUGCCACUAUCACUCUGUCACCCUUUAUGUGUUUCCUCAUCAUGUUGUGGUGUGUAUAGUAGAUGAUUUGCAAAACCAAAGUUCUUUUUGUAAAUAUCUCUGCUGUAAAUGUUAUUGAUACCUGUUUAACAACCAAGGAUAAAACAAUCUCUCAAAGUAAUAUCAUCAUUAGACCUAUACAGCUUGUUAACUACAUUAAUUACAUACUGUAGCAUGGUCCUGUCUGAUUAGAGGCUAGACUAGACUCCUGACUAGAGUCUUCAAGUUUUCAUUCCAACUUAAUGAGCUAACAGUUAGGUUAACUAAAUAAUUUUCUCCCCAGCUUUUGGACACUUGUAGAUUUCAAACAGACUAUAAAAUUGUUUGGUAUGUUAAAAGGCAGCAAAAGAAAAUGACUGACGGGGUGGAUAAAGCAAAUAAUUAGAUCAGAAAAGUUUUAGGGCUUUGAGAGAAUAAAGCCCUAGAAGGCAUUGGGAUCCUAAGGAUAUGGUUAAGCCAGCUUUGCAGGAAAAGGGCCUGCGCAGGGUUCAGCAUUACUGGUACAGGCUAGAAGUCUUUCACUUCCGAAUAGACGUUAAUUUUGCCACCUUGUUGAGGCUGACUCCUUACCAUCUAUCAAGCAAUGGCUGAAGGAAAUCAUUGGAUCAAUAAGAUACUUGUGUUCCUAUGUUCUGCCAGAGUAAUAACUACUUGUCUGUAGAUGCAGUGUGUAUGUACUGUAUACUGUAGCUCUGCCAGGGCAUUGUGGGAGCACAGUGACAAGGCUGCAGAUCUGAUUUAUAACUUUGUGUAGCAAAAUAAUCCUAGAUUCUAAAAUGUAUUCAAUAUUUGGCUUUUUUACAUAUAAACAUUGCACUGAAAAAAGCAAGGACUAUGGCUUAAAGGACAUCUUUUCUUUAUAUUUGAAAUAUACCACUAUACUGUAUAAGCAUUGGUACUCUAUUUCUUAAAUUACAAUUUCUCUUUAACCACUGGCUGGAAUGCAUGAGUUUGGACUAGAGCAAGUAUGAAUGACAAGUGAAGGUUAACAGUUUUAGUUACACUUUAUAAAUUAAUUUAUAGAUCAAUUAAAAACCUGUUUCAAUUAAAGUGGGCCAAAUCGUAUAUCUGCAGAUAUAUGUAUAAGAGCAUAUUGGAUGUAUAAUACAGUAUGUGACAUAAUGCUCUAGCUUUUUUAACUGUAAAGACUAGGAAAGUUGUUUUGAUGCUUGAGAAGCCAGCAUGCAGAGAUCCCUGAAGCUUUCUCCAGUGCAUGGGGAAAUUGUAGUAGAAUGUAACUAGAUUAUUACAAUCUAUUGCUGUCUUUAUAUGUUUAUCUCUGGUUUGAUUUUUGUCCUUGUUUUUUCCUUGGAAGGAACAGAACAUUGUAAUGUUUAGUCUGCUGCUCAAAUCUUCCUGAAGCUGGCAGAGACCUUUUGUAAAUUUCUGUUCUUGUAAAAAAAUAAAAAAUAAAGAGUUGAAUAGUUAAAGAAAACA